UCCCCGCGUGGGGCCUCGUCCACCAUGGCCAAGCCCACCAGCAAAGACUCAGGCCUGAAGGAGAAGUUCAAGAUUCUGCUGGGGCUGGGGACCCCACGACCAAAUCCCAGGGCUGCAGAAGGCAGACAGACAGAGUUCAUCAUCACCGCCGAAGUCUUGAGAGAACUGAGUGUGGAAUGUGGCCUCAACAAUCGCAUCCGGGUGAUAGGGCAAAUCUGUGAAGUAGCAAAAACUAAGAAAUUUGAAGAGCAUGCAGUGGAAGCACUCUGGAAGGCGGUCUCAGACCUGCUGCAGCCAGAUCGGCCUCCAGAGGCCCGGCACGCGGUGCUAGCUCUGCUGAAGGCCAUCGUACAGGGACAGGGUGACCGCCUGGGGGUCCUCAGAGCCCUCUUCUUUAAAGUCAUCAAGGAUUACCCCUGCAACGAAGACCUCCAUGAAAGGCUGGAAGUUUUCAAAGCCCUCACUGACAAUGGGAGACACAUCACCUAUUUGGAAGAAGAACUAGCGGAGUUUGUCCUGCAGUGGAUGGAUGUUGGCUUGUCUUCGGAAUUCCUUCUGGUGCUGGUGAACUUGGUCAAAUUUAACAGCUGUUACCUGGACGAGUACAUUGCGUCAAUGGUUCAUAUGAUCUGUCUGCUGUGCAUCCGAACUGUGUCCUCUGUGGAUAUAGAGGUCUCCCUACAGGUGCUGGAUGCUGUGGUCUGCUACAACUGCCUGCCGGCCGAGAGCCUCCCUCUGUUUAUCGUCACCCUCUGCCGCACCAUCAACGUCAAGGAGCUCUGCGAGCCCUGUUGGAAGCUGAUGCGCAAUCUUCUGGGCACCCACCUGGGCCACAGCGCCAUCUACAACAUGUGCCGCAUCAUGGAGGACAGAUCCUACAUGGACGACGCCCCGCUCCUGAGGGGUGCGGUGUUCUUUGUGGGCAUGGCGCUGUGGGGAGCGCACCGACUCUGUUCUCUCAAGAACUCCCCGACCUCUGUGUUGCCAUCUUUUUUCGAGGCCAUGACUUGCCCUAAUGAGGUGGUGUCCUAUGAGAUUGUGCUGUCCAUCACCAGACUCAUCAAGAAGUAUAGGAAAGAGCUCCAAGCUGUGACGUGGGACAUUCUGCUGAACAUCAUCGAACGGCUGCUUCAGCAGCUCCAGAGCCUGGACAGCCCAGAGCUCAGGACCAUCGUCCAUGACCUGCUGACCACUGUAGAAGAGUUAUGUGACCAGAAUGAAUUCCACGGAUCUCAGGAGAGAUACUUUGAGCUGGUGGAAAGCUAUGCAGACCAGAGGCCUGAGUCCUCCCUCUUAAACCUAAUAUCCUACAGAGCUCAGUCCAUCCACCCGGCCAAGGAUGGCUGGAUCCAGAACUUGCAGCUGCUGAUGGAGCGCUUCUUCAGGAACGAGUCCCGCAGUGCUGUGCGCAUCAAGGUGCUGGACGUGCUGUCCUUCGUGCUGCUCAUCAACAGACAGUUCUAUGAGGAGGAGCUCAUCAGCUCGGUAGUCAUCCCACAGCUCUCCCACGUCCCUGACGACAAAGACCACCAAGUCCGAAAACUUGCCACGCAGCUGCUGGUGGACCUGGCGGAAGGCUGUCAUUCCCACCACUUCAACAGUCUGUUGGACAUCAUUGAGAAAGUGAUGGCCCGCUCGCUCUCGCUUCCCCCUGAGGUAGAGGAAAGGGAUGUGGCCGCCUAUUCGGCCUCCCUGGAGGACGUGAAGACCGCAGUGCUGGGGCUCCUGGUUAUUCUUCAGACGAAGCUGUACACCCUGCCUGCCAGCCAUGCCACGCGUGUGUACGAGACUCUGGUCAACCACAUUCAUCUGCACUACAAGCACAGCUACUCGCUGCCCAUCGCCGGCAGCAUCCGCCUGCAGGCCUUCGACUUCCUGCUGCUGCUGCGGGCCGACUCGCUGCACCGCCUGGGCCUGCCUACCAAGGAUGGCGUCGUGAGGUUCAGCCCCUACUGCCUCUGUGACUGCGCGGAGCCUGAGCGCGGCGCAGAGAAGAAGGCCAGCAGCCCCCUUUCCCCUCCCACUGGGCCUCCCAGCCCCGCGCCUGUGGGCCCUGCCGUGAGACUCGGCCACCUGCCCUACUCCCUGCUUUUCCGUGUCCUGCUUCAGUGUCUGAAGCAGGAGACCGACUGGAAGGUCUUGAAGCUGGUCCUGAGCAAGCUGCCCGAAUCUCUGCGCUACAAAGUCCUUGUUCUCACCUCCCGCUGCAGCGUCGACCUGCUGUCCUCCGCCCUCUGUGCCAUGCUUUCAGGUCCAAAGACACUUGAGCGGCUCCGAGGCACUCCAGAAGGCUUCUCCAGAACCGACCUGCACCUGGCCGUGGUACCAGUGCUUACGGCAUUAAUCUCUUACCACAACUACCUGGACAAAACCAAACAGCGUGAGAUGGUCUACUGCCUGGAGCAAGGCCUCAUCCACCGCUGUGCCAGCCAGUGUGUGGUGGCCCUGGCCAUCUGCAGUGUGGAGAUGCCCGACAUCAUCAUCAAGGCGCUGCCAGUCCUGGUGGUGAAGCUGACGCACAUCUCCGCCACGGCCAGCAUGGCCAUCCCGCUCCUGGAGUUCCUGUCCACUCUGGCCAGGCUUCCUCACCUGUAUAGAAAUUUUGCUGCAGAGCAGUAUGCCAGCGUAUUUGCCAUCUCGCUGCCUUACACCAACCCCUCCAAGUUCAACCAGUACAUUGUGUGCCUGGCGCAUCACGUCAUAGCCAUGUGGUUCAUCAGGUGCCGCCUGCCCUUCCGGAAGGAUUUUGUUCCCUACAUCACUAAGGGCCUGCGCUCCAACGUCCUCUUGUCUUUUGAUGACACGCCUGAAAAGGACAGCUUCAGAGCACGGAGCACCAGCCUCAAUGAGAGGCCCAAAAGUUUGAGGAUAGCCAGAGCCCCCAAACAAGGCCUGAAUAACUCUCCACCUGUGAAAGAAUUCAAGGAGAGCUGUGCAGCCGAGGCCUUCCGGUGCCGCAGCAUCAGUGUGUCUGAACAUGUGGUCCGCAGCAGAAUACAAACGUCCCUGACCAGCGCCAGCCUGGGGUCUGCAGACGAGAACUCCGUGGCCCAGGCUGAUGACAGCCUGAAGAGCCUGCACCUGGAGCUCACGGAGACCUGUCUGGACAUGAUGGCCCGCUACGUCUUCUCCAACUUCACCGCGGUCCCCAAAAGGUCUCCUGUGGGUGAGUUCCUCCUGGCGGGCGGCAGGACCAAAACCUGGCUGGUUGGGAACAAGCUGGUCACCGUGACGACGAGUGUGGGGACAGGAACCCGGUCCCUGCUGGGCCUGGACUCGGGGGAGCUGCAGAGCGGACCGGAGCCGAGCUCCCAGCCCGGUGCACAUGUGAGGCAGACAAAGGAGGCACCUGCCAAGCUGGAGUCGCAGACCGGACAGCAGGUGGCCCAUGGGGCCCGGGCCCGGGUCCGGUCCAUGUCAGGGGGCCACGGCCUUCGCGUGGGCGCCCUGGACACAGCGGCUUCACAGGUCGCAGGUGGCCCCCCUACUCCGGGGGCACAGCAGAGCGCCCCAGCAGCCAAGGCCGAGAAGAGCGCUGCGGGCGCCCAGGCCCCGGCUCCGGAGAAGACGAACCUGGCCGCCUACGUGCCCCUGCUGACCCAGGGCUGGGCUGAGAUCUUGGUGCGGAGGCCCACAGGAAACACGAGCUGGCUGAUGAGCCUGGAGAACCCGCUCAGCCCCUUCUCCUCGGACAUCAACAACAUGCCUCUGCAGGAGCUGUCCAACGCGCUCAUGGCCGCCGAGCGCUUCAAGGAGCACCGGGACACGGCCCUGUACAAGUCCCUCUCGGUGCCAGCCGCCGGCACGGCCAGGCCCCCUCCGCUCCCACGUUCCAACACAGUGGCCUCUCUCUCCUCCUUGUACCAGUCCAGCUGCCAGGGACAGCUGCACAGGAGCGUGUCCUGGGCAGACUCCGCCGUGGUUCUGGAGGAGGGAGGGCCGGGCCAGGCCCACGCACCCGGAGAGCCCCCUGAGCUGGAGGACUUCGAGGCCGCCCUGGGUGUGCACAGGCUCAGCCGGCGCCCCGCCCCCUACAGCAGGUCGUCCUCAGCCUCCAGCCAGGAGGAGAAGGCCUGCCCCGCCGAGGUGCUGGCGGCCGGCGGCAUCCCCAUCGAGAGGGCCGUGUCUUCCGAGGGCGGCCGCCCCUUGGUGGACCUGUCCUUCCAGCCCACGCAGCCCCUGAGCAAGUCCAGCUCCUCCCCCGAGCUGCAGACCCUGCAGGACAGCCUUGCCCACCCUGGGGACAAGGCCGACACCGGCCGCCUGAGCCCCGAGGCCAAGGCCCGCUCCCAGUCUGGGACUUUGGACGGAGAAGGGGCGGCCUGGUCAGCCCCGGGCGAGGAGAUCCAGGGCCCCGCCCCGCCCGAGGGCCCGCUGCCCUCCAGCUCCCCCCGGUCGCCCAGUGGCCUGCGGCCCCGUGGCUACACCAUCUCCGACUCAGCCCCUUCGCGCCGGGGCCAGCGGGUGGAGCGGGACGCCUUCAAGAGCAGAGCCGCAGCGUCCGGAACUGAGAAAGUGCCGGGCAUCAACCCCAGCUUUGUGUUCCUGCAGCUGUACCACUCGCCCUUUUUUGGUGACGAGUCCAACAAGCCCAUUCUGCUGCCCAAUGAGUCCUUCGAGCGAUCAGUGCAGCUCCUGGACCAGAUCCCCUCAUACGACACUCACAAGAUCGCCGUCCUGUAUGUGGGGGAGGGCCAGAGCAGCAGCGAGCUGGCCAUCCUGUCCAACGAGCAUGGCUCAUACCGCUACACCGAGUUCCUGACGGGCCUGGGCAGGCUCAUCGAGCUCAAGGACUGCCAGCCAGACAAGGUGUACCUGGGCGGUCUGGACGUGUGCGGUGAGGAUGGCCAGUUCACCUACUGCUGGCACGAUGACAUCAUGCAAGCUGUCUUCCACAUCGCCACACUGAUGCCCACCAAGGACGUGGACAAGCACCGCUGCGAUAAGAAGCGGCACCUGGGCAACGACUUCGUCUCUAUCAUCUACAAUGACUCCGGGGAGGACUUCCGGCUGGGCACCAUCAAGGGCCAGUUCAACUUCGUCCACGUGAUCAUCACGCCGCUGGACUACGAGUGCAACUUGCUGACGCUGCAGUGCAGGAAAGACAUGGAGGGACUUGUGGACACUAGUGUGGCUAAGAUCGUGUCUGACCGCAACCUGCCCUUCGUGGCCCGCCAGAUGGCCCUGCACGCCAACAUGGCCUCACAGGUGCACCACAGCCGCUCCAACCCCACUGAAAUCUACCCCUCCAAGUGGAUCGCACGGCUCCGCCACAUCAAGCGGCUGCGCCAGCGGAUCCGGGAGGAGAUGCACUACUCCAGCCCCAGCCUGCCUCUGAUGCACCCCCCAACCCACACCAAAGCCCCGGUCCCCGCGGAGCCCACGGCCAGCUACGAGACGGGCCAGCGGAAACGCCUCAUCUCCUCCGUGGACGACUUCACGGAGUUUGUGUGAGGCGCCGCCCGCAGCACCCUGUCCCCAUAAGCAAGCGAAAUAAACAGGCCGUGCCGCCCGCGCACAAGCAGCAGCA